ACUAGCUGCCUGUUCACAUUUACCAUAAAUAAUGAGUAAAAACAUAACUUGCAGCUAGAUUUUGGAAGUAACUUCAGGAAGGGUUUGUUUCCUUCUCUUUCCCCCACCCCUUUAAGACUUUUUGUCUUAUGAGAUUUGUUUGCAAUCUGCUAGCUGAAGUUCUGAGGCAAGUUUGCCAGAUCUGGGGCUGUAUCAUCACUCUGCACAUCUGGAAAUGGUUUGUGUGCUCUCAUUCCUCCAGCACAGCAUCUGGACUCUGCACUAUUCCUCAGCAGCAGAGAAAGGAAAGAAAACCAGCACAACUCCAAACUAAACUUUGAAGAGUUCGAAAAACGAAUUGAAUUGUAAAACUGUUACUGUGCCCUAUAAGGCCCUUGUGUGGGUGACUUCAAAGGAGGAUGGUGGUCGAGGACGCUUUGGCAAGAGUGCUUACAGCUAUGGGCUAUCUAGGAUCCAAGUAAAUAACUCCACAGUGCUUCAGGAGAGAGGAGUCCCGAAUACUGUGCUGCUUUGAGGAGUUUACCACAGAUCACAGUUCUCAUCCAACAGGACACAUGGCUCUUUUAAAGAAAGUUAACCAGAUUUUACUGAUACUUCUUGUCUUAACCGUAUGUGCUAUCCUGUAUAACAAAAUUCACCAAGUGCCUUUGGCAUUAAGAAAUGAAACAGUGGAUUUGGCUAGCCCUGAGGAAAUGGAGGAAGAAAUCCCAGUGGUGAUCUGCGCUGCUGCAGGCAGGAUGGGUGCAGCUGUAGCAGCGAUCAGCAGCAUCUACAGCAACACAGAAGCUAAUGUUUUGUUCUACAUCAUUGGGCUGAAGACAACCAUCCCACAUAUUCGAAAAUGGAUUGAAAAUUCUAAACUGAAAGAAAUAAAAUUUAAGGUUGUGGAAUUCAAUCCUAUGGUACUAAAAGGAAAAAUCAGACAAGAUGCAUCACGUCCUGAGCUACUGCAGCCUCUGAACUUCGUUCGAUUUUAUCUUCCUUUGCUUAUCCAGAAGCAUGAGAAAGUAAUAUAUUUGGAUGAUGAUGUCAUUGUUCAAGGUGACAUCCAGGAACUCUACGAUACUAAGUUAGCUCCUGGACAUGCAGCAGCUUUUUCAGAUGAUUGCGAUCUGCCUUCUACACAUGAAAUGGUUAGAAGUGUAGGGAUGCAGAACACAUACAUGGGAUUCCUGGACUACAGAAAGCAAGCCAUUAGAGAUCUUGGCAUCAGCCCCAGCACCUGCUCCUUUAAUCCUGGAGUAAUUGUUGGUAACAUGACUGAAUGGAAACAUCAGCGGAUUACAAAGCAGCUGGAAAAGUGGAUGCAAAGAAAUGUAGAGGAAAACCUCUAUAGCAGUACCCUUGGGGGAGGUGUAGCAACCUCCCCAAUGCUGAUUGUAUUUCAUGGAAAAUAUUCCUCUAUUAAUCCUAUGUGGCACAUAAGGCAUCUUGGUUGGAGUCCUGAUGCCCGUUACUCAGAGCAAUUUCUUCAAGAAGCUAAAUUACUUCACUGGAACGGGAGAUACAAACCUUGGGACUACCCCAGUGUCCACACUGAUCUCUGGGAAAAUUGGUUUGUUCCUGACCCCUCAGGGAAGUUCAAAUUAACUCGUCCUGACAGCUGAUACUGAAAUACUGCAUAACGUAGUGUACGGGAUGCAUUUAAUAGUUUGAGAUGCAACAUGUAUGAUUGAUAGAUUUUAGAAAACAAAGUAUUUGUUAAAAAGAUGAAUAACUGACCAUCAGUUUUGUGUGCUUAUGGCAGGUGAGGGAGGCUGAAGUGACCAAUAGACAGGUCAGAUUAUCUUGACUUUCAUGUAAGGUGAGGAAACAAGUUUAUUUGACAAUGAAGUAUUUUCAUUAAACACUUACAGAGGUGAAAUUCAGUAUCAAGACAGAGCGCUUUAAUUUAGGGUCUUUCUAAACAAGAUUCCAAUGUCUUCUGGUAAGAAAAAAUCUACACAGGAGAUAGCUGCAGUGUUAUGUACAAGAAGUGUUUAGUUAUCUAGCCCACAUUAAACAGCCUGAAUUGAAAACCUGGGCACAUGUUACUGAGUUCUCUUGUGGGGUGACUGUUUUGUGGCAUCUCUGUGUAUAACAGAUCCUGUAGUGCACUUAGCAAGAUGCAAAAUACAUUCCAAUACACUGCAGUACUAUUCCUGAUUUUAUUGUGAAACAUUGAUAGAUUUAAGACAGAUUAAGAACUUCUGUAUCACUGUAACAAAAAGAGCACCAGUUUUGAGGAAGGACACAGAAUUAUAGUAUUUAGUGGAAUGGUCAUUGUACACUCAACUGUAUUUUAUACCCAGAUAACCAAGUGGGUGAUUUCAUUAAGGAAGAGACCUUUCUCUUUCAAUCAAACAGGAUAGCCUUUCAGGAGUUACAUCCUACUGUGCAACUCAGCAGUGCUAAUUUCAUGCUUCUAAUUUUGUUGAAAAUAAAACUAAAUUGUAACAAA